UCAAAUGCUGAGAUCGACCAAAUGGGCACACAAAAAUCUGGAAAAGGACACUUCUGUUUUUAUUUUUUUAAUGAAUUAAUAAUAAAUCGAAAUUAAGCUGAAAAUACUAUAAAACCUAAAACUUUAACUUAUUUACAUAUCCAACCAACCUACCCCACCCACUAACCCGACCCGCGUGCCCUUCCCGGAUCCUUCCCCCUAAAUCAAACUAAAUCCCUAAUUCCUCUUCCCCGACAUAACCAACAGAAAAAAAUUCACGAUCUCUCCCCCUUCCCUCUAUCUCAUCUCACUAAUCAAACUCUACCACAAUCAUCACGAUCUCCCUCUAUCUCAUUUGUUUCUCUAUUUCGUGUUACUCUUUGAAACACUAUGGCUCCAAAGACUCGUUUCACCGAACAAACGAACAAAGAAGGUGCGCCGGAGAAGAAGAAGAAGAAUGAGUCAGUGGUGGAGAAGAAGAAAGCUGCGGUGGAGAAGAAGAAAGCUGAGGCGGAAAAGAAGAAGAAAGACUCUGUGAUAAAGAAAAAACAAGCAGCGGUGAAAAGGAGGAGAGAAGCCGUUAAAAAAAAAAGAGAUGCAGAGAAAAAGAAGAUUGAAACCGCAGAGAAGAAGAGGAAGCGAGACAGUGGUGUAGACGAUGAGUCCUCGUCCAAUCCAACCAAGCGGCCUCAGACCGCAUCUUCACCAGAACAUCAAGCCGAUCCUGAUCAUUAUCCGCCACUAUCAACGGAGUUACCUUCGCAGGAUGAUAGAGAGGGUACGCCAAGCCCAUCAGUUCCGAUUGAGCCACAAAAAUCACCUACUCAAACACCCAAUGAGGCGGAGAAUCCACUGCAAGCUCCAAUAACUUCUACCAACAGAGAAUCAGGCUCACCCGAGGCUGCCAUUAACAAUGACGGGCAAACGAUUGGAUCUAACAACAUAGAUUCAAAUUCACAUGAGGCUGCUAUUGGAUCUGCUGCCAUUGACAACGACGCUCCAAGAACGGUUGAGAGUGAUGAUAUGACCGUAGAAGCUGACAGACCUGCUGGUUUUUUCUUCAAUCCGAGCAACUAUGGAAAGGGUUGCAAGCUCUCCUCAAGGUGCCAUCAACACGAUUUUCUGAACAAGACGAUUGGUAAGUUGGAUGCCUCAGAGAAGAGUUGGUUUCAGGAACAUCCUCAGUUCAAGCAUAUAUUCCACAUGGAUUGUACCUCAACAAGAAAAGUGAUGGGAUUGUGGAUGUUGCUACUUCGUACUAUGCAUACAGAGAAGGGUCGACAAGCUUGGUUUGGGGUAAACGGUGUUCCAAUUAGAUACUCUAUCAGGGAACAUAGCCUCCUCUCUGGUUUAUACUGCCACUCAUAUCCAGAAAACUAUCAGAGCAUAGGGAGACUGAAGUUUGCGAGAAAGUAUUUUAAAGUGAAGAAGACAAAGGAUGGGAAGGAAAAGGGUCUGCAAGUGACAGAAGCGGAUGUUAAGGAGAAACUUCAGAAGAUGAAAUUUGAUGGUAGUGGCGAUCGUCUGAGGAUGGCGGUUCUUUACUUUCUGGCUACAGUUUUAAGAGGAAGGUCCAAAGCAGGAUACUUCAUUGAGUAUUUCCUUCUCCAAGCAGUAGAAGAUUUGGAGUUUUGCACCGAAUUUCCAUGGGGCCGUUACACCUUUGAUGAUUGCAUGAAGGAGAUUUUUCAUGUAAGGGAUCAUUUUCGUGAUGGGAUCCCAGAGCAUGCACAGUGGGUAUUUCCUGGGUUUAUCAACCCUUUGGAGAUAUUAGCAUUUGAAUGUAUCCCUGUCCUUAGGGAAAGAUUCAGAGAGCCUGUUCCAAACUGUUUUGAUGGUUGUCCAAGAAUGUGCAAAUGGAAGUUCAAGAGGACCGGAACAACAGGAUUUCCACUUGACAUGAUUUAUCGGACGCUAGGAAACACAAAGGAGAUUAUCAGUGUUUUGGAACCAAAAGGAAAUGAAGUAGACCUUUUGUAUGAAAUAAUGGAUGAAGGGACUUUUGAAGACUUGGAGCUGAUAGAUGAUUCGGAUACGCUAGACAUAGCUGUUGACAGUUGGAACAAGAUCCUAAUGGAACCAGGGAAAAAAAUCUUCUGGCCGGAUCUAUAUGAGAUGGAUGUGAGAACCCGAGAGCAACAAGAGGAGGCAGGAGGCGAGGCAGGGGGCGAGGCAGGAGGCGAGGCAGGAGGAGAGGCAGGAGGCGAGGCAGGAGGCGAGGCAGGGGGUGAGGCAGGAGUUCAAACAGGGGGCGAAGCAGGUCGUGAGAGUUUAAGAGAAUUAGAGUUGAAGUUGAACAAAAGAAUGGAUGAUGGAUUUGCAUUGAGAGACGAAACAAUUCGUCUUCUGGAAGCAAGAGUAAAGGAGUUGGAAGAAGAAAAAAUCCAGAGAGAAAGUUGGUCGUUCCAGGAGGGCGAGAUGUAUGGUGAUAAGGAGGCUGAGAUACUUGGUGAUAAGGAGGGCGAGAUGCAUGGUGAUAAGGAGGGUGAGAUACAUGGUGAUAAGGAUGGUGAUGAGACUAACAAGGAUGGUGAUAAGGCUGAUAAGGAUGGUGAUGAUGAGCCUGAUAAGGAGGGUGAGGAUGGUGAUAAGGCUGAUAAGGAUGGUGAUGAUGAGCCUGAUAAGGAGGGCGAGGAUGGUGAUGAGGCUGACAAGGGUGAUGAGGCUGAGAAGGAUGGUGAGAAGCAGAUUGAGGCAGAGGCUGACAAGGGUGAUGAGGCUGAGAAGGAUAGUGAGAAACAGAUUGAGGCAGAGGCUGAGAAGGAUGGUGAGAAACAUAUCGAGGUAGAGGCUGAGAAGUUGAUGCAAGAUACUGAAGAUGGAGAUGAGCAAUCUACACUUCAAAUUAUGGCAGACACUGCAGAGAGAUUUGAGAAGGCUGCUGCGGAAAAAGCUGUUGUGGACAAGACAGAUGAGGUUGUAGAUGAUGAUGCUUUGGAGAAGGAAGGUGAGGUUAGAGUUGAUGACGCUUUAGAGAACACAGCUUCGGUUGGAGAUUCACAGGAUCCUGCUGAGAUGCCAAAGAGGGUGCCCAAGCGUUCUCAUUUGUUGAGGUCUCCUUUUACGCCAAACUGAUUUGGCUGAACUAUGUUGUUGUUUUUGGAACUUGUAUGUGUUUGUUUUAAAACCUAAAACGGAUGAACUUGUAUGUGUGUGUGUUUUAAAACCUAAAACUUGUA